CUUCAACCUCAACUUCACCCCGAGAAAUAUCGAGCUUCAAUUCGGGCCCCAUCAGGAGUGACAGGUUGGGCGCCGAAUUUCUUCUCUUCUUCUCCACAUUUUGUGUAUUAUUAUAUUUUUUUUUCUCAGUAAACUUCCCCACAAUCAUGUCCUAUGGAGGACUUUUACCCCUCGUUGGCGCAAUGCGCGGUUAUUGCUACCGCGUUCAAGGUCCUGCUCUUUCCAGCAUAUAAAUCAACAGAUUUUGAAGUCCACCGUAAUUGGCUGGCAAUAACCCAUUCCCUGCCUGUGGAAAAGUGGUACUACGAGAAAACUUCCGAAUGGACUCUGGACUACCCACCGUUCUUCGGCGCGCUAGAAUGGCUACUCUCGCAGGUGGCUGUCUAUGUUGACCCAGCUAUGCUGAAACUGGAUAAUCUGAACUAUGACACCUGGCAAACCGUUUAUUUCCAGCGAUUCUCUGUCAUUGCGCUGGAGCUUGUUCUUGUAUUUGCACUUCACCGACAUAUCCAAUCAGUGGAACUUGGGAGUAAACGGCUCGCUCACGCAGCAGCGCUUUCCAUCCUCCUAUCCCCCGGCCUCCUAAUCAUCGACCACAUCCACUUCCAAUACAACGGAUUUCUUUACGGGAUUUUCAUCCUGUCCCUUGUACUGGCCCGGAAGCAAUCCACUCUCCUCCACAGCGGGAUCACAUUUGCCAUCCUUCUCUGCCUGAAACAUAUCUACCUCUACCUCUCGCUAGCAUAUUUCGUCUACUUGCUCCGCGCCUAUUGCUUGCACCCUAAAUCGCCAUCAAUCUUCCGCCCCAGAUUCGGUAACAUCAUCAAACUUGGUGUCGGUGUGUUGAGCGUCUUUGGUGCUGCUUUUGGGCCGUUUGUUUACUGGGGCCAGUUGGGCCAGAUUAAGGCCCGGUUGUUUCCGUUCUCGCGUGGACUGUGCCAUGCGUACUGGGCGCCGAACGUAUGGGCUAUGUACUCGUUUGUUGAUCGGGUGCUUAUUUUAGUCGCACCAUCUAUUGGUUUAAAAGUUGAUCCAAGUGCUCUGGGUAGCGUCACGAGGGGGCUGGUGGGAGAUACCUCCUUCGCCGUUCUUCCCGAAGUGACAAAAGAACACACCUUCGGCUUAACUCUUUUCUUCCAACUGCUCUGCCUGGCCAAACUCUGGUUCCAACCAGACUGGGACACCUUCAUCGGCGCCGUGACCCUCUGCGGCUACGCCUCCUUCCUCUUCGGCUGGCAUGUCCAUGAAAAGGCAAUCCUCCUCGUAAUCAUCCCCUUCAGCCUGCUCGCCCUCAAGGACCGGCGAUACUUCAGCGCCUUCCGGCCGCUCGCCGUCGCGGGGCAUGUCUCCCUUUUUCCGCUGCUAUUCACCGCCGCCGAGUUUCCCGUCAAGAUCGUCUAUACGAUUUUCUGGCUUGUGUUGUUUAUGUUUGCUUUUGAGAGGCUGGCGCCGGUGCCUGUGCGGCCGAGAGUUUUCUUGCUGGAUCGGUUUUCGAUGUUGUAUGAUAGUGUGGCUAUUCCGUUGAUUGUGUAUUGUUCGUUUGUGCAUGGGUUGGUCUUUGGAGGGGGCAGGUAUGAGUUUUUGCCGUUGAUGUUUACUAGUUCGUAUGCUGCUUUGGGGGUUGUGGGGAGUUGGGUCGGGUUUAUGGUUGUUUAUUUCACUGCGUAGGAUGUGUAGAGUAAGAGAGAUUUUGGACAGAUGUAGAAUGAUAGUAAUGGGUAUUUGAAAGAUAUUUUUCUUUUUCAAAGGGUUGAUAAUAUAAAGUUUAUUACCUAUUUGUUUUUAUCAGAUUAUUGCUACUCUGGUAUAUCCCACCUAAC